AUGGAGGCAGAGAAAGACUCUGGAAGAAGAUUGCGCCCGAUUGACCGCCAGAGAUACGACGAGAACGAGGACUUGUCGGACGUGGAGGAGAUCGUCAGCGUCCGCGGCUUCAGCCUGGAGGAGAAGCUGCGCAGCCAGCUGUACCAGGGGGACUUCGUGCACGCCAUGGAGGGCAAAGACUUCAACUAUGAGUACGUGCAAAGAGAAGCUCUCAGAGUUCCCCUGAUAUUUCGAGAAAAGGAUGGACUGGGAAUUAAGAUGCCUGACCCUGAUUUCACAGUUCGAGAUGUCAAGCUCCUGGUGGGCAGCCGGCGGCUGGUGGAUGUGAUGGACGUGAACACCCAGAAGGGCACGGAGAUGAGCAUGUCGCAGUUCGUGCGGUACUACGAGACGCCAGAGGCACAGCGGGACAAGCUGUACAACGUCAUCAGCCUCGAGUUCAGCCACACCAAGCUGGAGCACUUGGUCAAGCGCCCCACCGUGGUAGACCUGGUGGACUGGGUGGACAACAUGUGGCCCCAGCACUUGAAGGAGAAGCAGACGGAAGCCACGAACGCCAUUGCGGAAAUGAAGUACCCGAAAGUGAAGAAGUACUGUCUGAUGAGCGUGAAAGGUUGUUUCACUGACUUCCACAUCGACUUUGGAGGCACUUCCGUUUGGUACCAUGUUUUCCGGGGUGGGAAGAUCUUUUGGCUGAUUCCUCCAACCUUGCACAAUUUGGCACUGUACGAGGAGUGGGUGCUGUCAGGCAAACAGAGCGACAUCUUCCUGGGAGACCGCGUGGAGCGAUGCCAAAGAAUUGAGCUGAAACAGGGCUACACGUUUUUUAUCCCUUCCGGCUGGAUCCACGCCGUCUACACCCCCGUAGACUCUCUGGUCUUCGGUGGAAACAUCCUGCACAGCUUCAACGUGCCCAUGCAGCUGCGCAUCUACGAGAUCGAGGACAGGACACGGGUGCAGCCCAAAUUCCGAUACCCUUUCUACUAUGAGAUGUGCUGGUAUGUCUUGGAGAGAUACGUGUACUGCGUGACCCAGCGGUCCCACCUCACUCAGGAAUACCAGAGAGAAUCAAUGCUCAUUGAUGCCCCAAGAAAGCCCAGCAUAGACGGCUUCUCAUCUGAUUCCUGGCUGGAGAUGGAGGAGGAGUCCUGUGAGCAGCAGCCUCAGGAGGAGAGAGAGAGAGAGAGAGAGGAGGAAGAGGAGGAGGGUGCAGAUAAGACGCCCAAAUCACCCACCGAUGGCCCUGCCUCGCCCACCAGCACCCCCUCUGAGGACCAGGAGGCCCCUGGGAAGAAGCCCAAAGCCCCUGCCAUGCGGUUCCUCAAAAGGACUCUGUCAAACGAGUCAGAGGACAGUGUGAAGUCCACAACGAUGCCCGCAGACUAUCCCAAGACGCCCACCGGCUCUCCCGCCACUGAGGUCUCUGCCAAGUGGACCCAUCUGACUGAGUUUGAACUGAAGGGCCUGAAAGCGCUGGUGGAGAAACUUGAAUCCCUCCCGGAGAACAAGAAGUGCGUCCCCGAGGGCAUCGAGGACCCCCAGGCACUCCUGGAGGGGGUGAAGAAUGUCUUGAAGGAGCACGCGGACGACGACCCCAGUCUGGCCAUCACUGGGGUCCCUGUAGUCACUUGGCCAAAGAAGACUCCAAAGAACCGGGCGGUAGGUCGGCCCAAGGGGAAGCUGGGCCCGGCCUCCGCGGUGAAGUUGGCUGCCAACCGGACGACGGCGGGAGCUCGCCGGCGCCGGACGCGAUGCCGCAAGUGCGAGGCCUGCCUGCGGACGGAGUGCGGAGAGUGCCACUUCUGCAAGGACAUGAAGAAGUUCGGGGGCCCCGGGCGGAUGAAGCAGAGCUGCAUCAUGCGCCAGUGCAUCGCGCCAGUGCUGCCCCACACCGCUGUGUGCCUAGUGUGUGGCGAGGCGGGGAAAGAGGACACAGUGGAAGAGGAAGAAGGGAAGUUUAACCUCAUGCUCAUGGAGUGCUCCAUCUGCAACGAAAUCAUCCACCCUGGAUGCCUUAAGAUUAAAGAGUCAGAGGGCGUGGUCAACGAUGAGCUUCCCAACUGCUGGGAGUGUCCAAAGUGUAACCACGCCGGCAAGACCGGGAAACAAAAGCGUGGCCCUGGCUUUAAGUACGCCUCCAACCUGCCUGGCUCCCUGCUCAAGGAGCAGAAGAUGAACCGGGACAACAAGGAAGGACAAGAGCCUGCCAAGCGGAGGAGUGAGUGUGAGGAGGCCCCGCGGCGCAGGUCAGACGAGCACCCCAAGAAGGUGCCCCCUGAUGGCAUCCUGCGCCGAAAGUCGGACGAUGUGCACCUGAGGAGGAAGCGGAAAUAUGAGAAGCCCCAGGAGCUGAGUGGCCGCAAGCGAGCCUCGACGCUUCAAACGUCCCCGGGUUCUUCCUCUCACCUCUCGCCGAGGCCCCCUCUAGGCAGCAGCCUCAGCCCCUGGUGGAGAUCCAGUCUCACUUACUUCCAGCAGCAGCUAAAACCUGGCAAAGAAGAUAAGCUUUUCAGGAAAAAGAGGCGGUCCUGGAAGAACGCUGAGGACCGGAUGGCUCUUGCCAACAAGCCUCUCAGGCGGUUCAAGCAGGAGCCAGAGGACGACCUGCCAGAGGCGCCCCCCAAGACCCGGGAGAGCGACCACUCCCGCUCCAGCUCCCCCACCGCGGGGCCCAGCACCGAGGGGGCAGAGGGCCCCGAGGAGAAGAAGAAGGUGAAGAUGCGCCGGAAGCGGCGGCUCCCCAACAAGGAGCUGAGCAAGGAGCUGAGCAAGGAGCUCAACCAGGAGAUCCAGAAGACGGAGAGCAGCCUGGCCAACGAGAACCACCAGCCCAUCAAGUCGGAGCCCGAGAGCGAGAAUGAGGAGCCCAAGCGGCCCCUGGGCCUCUGCGAGCGCCCCCACCGCUUCAGCAAGGGGCUCAACGGCACCCCCCGGGAGCUGCGGCACCAGCUGGGGCCGGGCCUGCGCAGCCCGCCCAGGGUCAUCUCCCGGCCCCCUCCCUCUGUGUCCCCACCCAAAUGCAUCCAGAUGGAGCGACACGUGAUCCGGCCGCCCCCCAUCAGCCCCCCGCCCGACUCACUGCCCCUGGAUGAUGGGGCGGCCCACGUCAUGCACAGGGAGGUGUGGAUGGCCGUCUUCAGCUACCUCAGCCACCAAGACCUGUGUGUCUGCAUGCGGGUCUGCAGGACCUGGAACCGCUGGUGCUGCGAUAAGCGGUUAUGGACCCGCAUCGACCUGAACCACUGCAAGUCCAUCACACCCCUGAUGCUGAGUGGCAUCAUCCGGCGACAGCCUGUCUCCCUGGACCUCAGCUGGACCAAUAUCUCCAAGAAACAGCUGAGCUGGCUCAUCAACCGGUUGCCUGGGCUCCGAGACUUGGUGCUGUCAGGCUGCUCGUGGAUCGCAGUCUCAGCCCUCUGUAGCUCCAGUUGUCCGCUGCUCCGGACCCUGGAUGUCCAGUGGGUGGAAGGACUAAAGGAUGCUCAGAUGCGGGAUCUCCUGUCCCCGCCUACGGAUAACAGGCCUGGUCAGAUGGACAAUCGGAGUAAGCUCCGGAACAUUGUGGAGCUGCGUCUGGCUGGCCUGGACAUCACAGACGCCUCCCUGCGGCUCAUCAUUCGCCACAUGCCCCUGCUCUCCAAGCUCCACCUUAGUUACUGUAACCAUGUCACUGACCAGUCCAUCAACCUGCUCACCGCUGUGGGCACCACCACCCGAGACUCCUUAACCGAAAUCAACCUGUCAGACUGCAAUAAGGUCACUGACCAGUGCCUGUCCUUCUUCAAACGCUGUGGAAAUAUCUGUCAUAUUGACCUGAGGUACUGCAAGCAAGUUACCAAGGAAGGCUGUGAGCAGUUCAUAGCUGAAAUGUCUGUUAGUGUCCAGUUCGGGCAAGUGGAAGAAAAACUCCUGCAAAAACUGAGUUAG